AUGUUUGAAAUUUUCAUUAUAAAGGUGGAAGACCCUAGCUGUUUCUGGGGGAGAAUAACAAAUGGCUUCAGUGAUCUGGUUGAAAAUGCAAAUCAAUAUCAAAGAUUGGAGGAGAAGAUGAAUCAACUCUACAACAGGAACCAUGAAGAUUUAGAGGAAAUUAAACUUCCUGUUCUAGAACAAGGGCAGAUUUGUGCUAUUUACUGUCAUGAGCUACGAUGCUGGUGCAGGGCAAUACUAGAAUCUCUUGUAUCAAGUGGAAAUAGUUAUCUUGCAGAGUGUUUCCUAGUUGACUAUGCAAAACACAUACUGGUGAAAGCAAAGGAUGUACGAAGAGCAGUUGAUGCCUUUUGGAAGCUGCCAUACCGUGCUAAAAAGUUUACAUUGUUUGGCAUACAGCCAUUGACUUUGCACGUUGAUGUUUGUGAAGAGAAAGCAAAAAUUGGCCCAGCAGUAAGAUGGGACAGUGCCGCAAUACAGUAUUUCCAAAAAAUGUCCCUAGAAUCUGAAGUUGCUGAAGCAAAAUUACAAGGUGUGACUGGGGAUACCUUUGCAAUUCAAUUAUACCUCUCUCUGAAUGAUGAAAAGGUGUGUCUGAAUGAUGAUUUGGUAGCAAAAUUCUUUGCAUCUUACGUUUCACCGAAAGACAUGGUGAAAAAUCCAAAUUCUGCAUCAGCAAUCUCUUCAGCACUACACCAGAAGAAGGAAGUGCCAGUUAAGAAGAAUGUAGACCAUGCAGCAUUAGCUCUUUGGUCUGAGACAGUGCAAGGAAUUGCUCUUACAGUAUUAAAGCAAGGUCCUGCUGACCAAGAGCCAGUUGCUCAAAGUCUACAAUCCCAAGAAAGCGUAUCCAGUAAAAGUAUGAACAGACAGUACAGUGAGACAGCUGUAUUGUCGUCCAACAGAAAAUCAACAGAGUCACUGGCAACCUUUUCUCUUUGUUCUUUGGAAAAAGAAUUAGAUUGCAAGAGAGCAAGGUUUUACCUUCAUGAUGAAAUGGGGAUGGACAGGGAAUCCUUCACAGUGAUGGAAGAAUGUGAUGAAAUACCAGCUGCUAGAAGUUAUGAACUGUGGAAGAAAAAAAUUGUUAGUCCAAAUGUCGCGCAAGCUUACUGUUGGCCUGCUAUAGGCCGUGGUUGUGACUUGAUUGCAAUAUCGCAGAAAGGAGAUGAUCCUUUUCUCUACCUCCCUCCAUUAUUGACAUUUUUACAAUUACCAUCCGUGUAUAGCUAUCAACCCAGGCGAAAUUUGCCUUUAGCAAUAAUUGUUUGCCCGGGACGACAGAAGGCCCACUUUGUAUGUCAGAAGUUAAUGGACUUAACAAGAACCUCCCGACCUCUUUCCCUAUCCUUGGUUUUGGUUGGACAAGAUCCAGAAGAAACCAAGAAAACAAAAUUUACCAAAGGAUGUGAUGUAGUUGUUACUACUCCACACAGUUUGGUACGUGUCCUUCAAAUACACUGUCUAUUUUUCAUUAGACUCAGCCAUUUGGUUUUGGAUAGAGUUGAUGUACUGUUUGAUGAAGCAAUGGAUGAAAUGAAUACUAUCUUGCAAUGCUUCAGGGAAGCCACCCAUGUUCCAGAAAGAGGGUCAACCCCACAACAGCUCAUUGCUGUUGGACAGCAUUGGUCAAAAAAAAUGGACACUUUACUGAAAGAAAGUCAAAGUGAUCCUUAUGUUGUUAUAACUGUCAUGGAGGAAGCUGCCCUAUAUGGGAAUGUCCAUCAGAUUGUGAAGGUUUGCCUGGACUCUGAGAAAACAUCAUUUUUGAUUACGAUGUUGGACUUCACCUCUGAAGUUUUGCAGAAGACUAUUAUCUUUGCUAAUUGUGCUGAAGAAGUCGAUCAUGUGUUCAAGGCUUUAGGCAGUAAUUCACAUUUCUGCAUGAAGGUCCAUGAACGAAUGAGCUUACAGGUCAGCAAUACAAUGGAUGAAUGGAGUAAGAAAUUCAACCCUGGCACACAUGUGAUAUUAGUUACGACUGAUAACUGCGUGAAAGCGUUGAGGAUUACAGAUGCUACCUGUGUAAUUCAUUAUGGUUUUCCCUCAUCUUGUGAGAUAUUUGGAACUCGUCUAUAUUGCAUGGUUGACAGUUUUGAUAAUCUGACUAUGGAGGGGUCAACUCGGCAAGGUCAGUCAAUCGUACUACUUACUGAAAAAGAUGUUCUACAGACGGUUUCCAUUCUGCACUACUUGGAGAGAACAGAAGCUAAAAUUCCCAAAGAAUUAUUUAAAUUUAUUUUGAACAUGAAUAACCCAGAUGACAUUUGCUAUGACAGAGCCUUAUGUAAAUACCUUAAAGCAUAUGGAAUUUGCAGGGAUAAUAAAACAUGCCCAAGUCGUCACAAACUUCAUCACGAUGUAGACAAGCCGCGGUAUCUUACAGCUGAAAAGAUAUUGCCUGCCACAGGGUACAUUGAGAUUAUCCCAACAUGUGUCAGUGAUGCUUCAAGUUGUUAUGGUAGAAUAAUACAUCACAGGAAUAAAUGGGAGGACACCCCGGUUUCAAUGGAAGAGGACUAUCUAAUGCUUUUGAAAGCCAUGGCUGAUUACUACUUGGAGGAUGACCACAGGAAAUCAGUAGAACAAUUAGAAGUUUCUGCUCUGUAUGGAUUAGAGGAGAAAAGCUACAGUAGGGUGCGGUUAAUAGCAUUGCCAAAGGAAGCCGAAAGUGCAGUUCUCAGGAAUGCAAGAGUGAAGUAUAUCGACAGUGGUCACACUGGACUAGUGAUGCAGAAACAGCUGCUCAAACUUCCUGCCAAAUUUCAGGUUCUGCCACCACAAGUUGUCGAAUUUAUUGUAUGUAGAGUAAAACCUAUUGACAAUGAAAUGGAUUGGAAUCCACAGGUUUCCAGAUAUAUUAAACAAAAGAUCAGCAAUAAAUCACAUGAAGCCAAAAUUGUUCUUGCUCUUGGUAACACUCUAUGGCUGAAUCCUGUAGUGCGUACGGCUACAUUGGCUGAUCUGAAAACCACAAUAUUAGAGUAUAACGUUCGUUCACAAAUCAUGAAUUCUGGAUUUGGAACUGAUAAUGCGGAGCACAUUGAAAGAUUGAAGGAUCUCUGCAGGGUAGCUGGACUUAGUUUGCCCAAUGAGCAUUCUCCUCUAAAACAGCUACAUUAUGAUAACAAGUUAGAUCAUGUCACUCUCGAGAAUGAUGGAAACUACCAUUCAGUUGUAAUUACUGAAUUUUAUAGUCCAAAGAAAUUUCAUGUGCAGUUAUUGGCCACACGUGAAGCGUUUUAUGCUUUUGAAAAUGAAAUUAACGAAAAGAUUAUGGAAAAGGAAAUGAUUUCCAACAGUUACGUGCCAACUGUUGGUGGCUUGUGCUUGGCCUUCUGUGAAACAGAAAAGAGGUGGCGGAGAGUGAAGAUCUUGUCAGUUGUUGAUCCCAAAAGGAUUUAUGAGGUGUUCUUUGUGGAUUUUGGCACAUGCAGCUAUAUUUCUUGGAAUAAUAUUCAUCCUUUAAUGAAAGAUGCCCUAAGGCUUCCUUUUCAGAAAGAGGACAUUAGACCACUGAAAAAUGAAGCUGGAGAAUUAAUAAUGGAGAACAAAGAAAUGAUGGAGGAACCGAAUGGAUACUUGACAUCAGUUUUCACAAUGAAGAUGCCAGGAGCAUACCAGCACUCGAAGAGAGUCAGGGACCAAUGUGAGUGUAGUGACCUUUAUGAAGGAGAAGGUGCUAGGGAAGCUGAAAGAUCUGAAGUGGAGGAAUCGCCCGGACCAUGUGGACUGCACGCCAGAGUUCUGCAGGGGAUAGUUGAGCCAAUUGUGGAGACUUUGGCCAUCUGCUGUUCACUUUUUGGUGUGGAGCCUGUGGGAAAAUUCUGCAAUCCAGAGAUUAAACAGUGGUCCUGGUCUACUUUCCAGGAUAAGGAACUCCAAGUUAAAGUAAUUGAACAAAGUAGAAAUGAGCUAACUGAUGCCAUAUGCUAUCAUGUUGUCGUGCAGGAUCCCUCUAAUGCUGGCUCUAUAAAACUGUCAGAAUCAUCAGCAUUAAGAACUACAAUAGUGGAGGAACUCAAAAACAUUGUGCUGCAGUAUCCUGCUGAAAGUGCAUCAGAUUCAGGUUUACACUCCUUAUGCUGGUUGCUCAGAUUCCUGUCUGUCCCAAAAGAACAAACUGAUGUAAUAAUUGCCAUGACUCAUUUGGCGAGGAUGCAAGGAAGAGAUCUGGAUGAAAUCAAACAAGAGACAGGAAUUUAUGCACUUGUGAAGCUGCUUCAGGGUGUGACCAGUGCAGAACUACAAGAAAGCAUAUGUGUUGCACUUGGAAUUCUAGGUGAAAACGCUGACCUGCGCACCGCUAUAAUUGAUGCCAAUGCAUUGAAGCACCUUUGCCAUUUAUUGAAAAUGCCAAUUGAAACUAAUGUGUGGGAAGCUACCAUUGGAGCUUUAGCUUCACUUCUUUGCUCCAACAGGCAGUUAGUACACACAUCCAGCAAGACUGCUUCAUAUAAAGUUGCAAAUAAUUUGAAGUUUUCCCUGGCCAGUUUACAAAAUUUACACUGCCCACAAAAUGAUGCAGCCUGUUGUGAAGGAAAUACAGGCAUUAUGGAUCUUCCUGAAGACAGACAGAAUAAAUUAACGGUGGAUCCUAAAAGCUUUAACCCUGAAAUCAAGUGGCAUCAGAAGGAAGAUCGUCUUAUACUAAAUAUCAAGUUGCAGAAUUUUACAGAACAUUCAUGUAAAUUUGAUCAUUGCAGAGUCAUAUUCAGUGCUUCUGUCGGUACUAAAUUAUAUUUGGCAGAUUUGGAACUUAAAGGCAGUAUUUUAAAGGAAAAGAGCUCAUGUGUCAUUAAAAAUGAAGAACCUGUUAUAAUACUAUUCAAAGAAGAGAAAGGUGAAUGGAGCAGUUUGCUGAAAUUUAAGAAUCCAAAUGUUACCUUUGAUUUCAACUACCUUGAGGAAGUGACAGAUGAUGUGUCUCUUCCGAUUUGGAAUGAUAUUAGGAGAAACAGGAAACCAGUAGUAAUGGAGCCCAUCAUCAAUGAAUAUGAUAGUUUUACCAGUGCUAAUGAUAGUUCUGAAGAAGAUUACUAA